AUGAUUAGUUCUACCAGGGGUCGUGCGGAGAUACUAACAACCCUAGGAUUGCCCCGGUCAUUACGCACAACAAUCGAUUUUGAGCCAUCAGUACUGCUCAAUCGCGACAAAUAUAAUCUGUAUAUUCACGAGAGAUCGUGCUAUAAAGUUGGUCUUCAACUGCAGCAGCUCUAG